UCGUUUUCGCCGGUUACCCGUUACUCCAAUUUCUUUUCCCCUGCUCUUUCCCUUGCUUGCGAUUCAAUCGAAAGGUAUCUUCAUCGCUGGAUUCAGAAUUCGAACUGAAUCCUCUGCUUCGUUGAAAUGGGUCUCUUUGAUUCCUUACUUAACUGGCUUCGUAGUUUAUUUUUUAAGCAGGAGAUGGAACUCUCCCUCGUAGGCCUUCAGAAUGCAGGAAAGACAUCCCUUGUCAAUGCCAUUGCUACAGGGGGCUGCAAUGAGGACAUGAUUCCAACUGUUGGAUUCAACAUGCGAAAGGUGACAAAAGGUAAUGUCACAAUAAAGCUUUGGGACCUUGGAGGACAAAGGAGAUUCCGAACAAUGUGGGAACGAUACUGUCGUGGUGUUACUGCUAUAUUAUAUGUAGUUGAUGCAGCAGAUAGAGACAGUGUUCCUAUAUCACGUAGUGAGCUACACGAGCUCUUGACAAAACCUUCCUUGAGUGGAAUCCCUUUGCUUGUUCUUGGGAACAAAAUUGACAAGUCAGAAGCUUUAUCCCAGCAAGCAUUAGUAGAUCAGCUAGGGCUUGAAUCGAUAAGAGACAGAGAGGUUUGCUGCUAUAUGAUUUCAUGCAAGGAAUCCAUAAACAUCGAUGUCAUCAUCGACUGGCUUAUAAAGCAUUCAAGAACUGCAACUUGAUCUUUUGAUCUGUGAUGCUAUUUCACUUUUAAUCGAAGAAGCAAGGUGUCUGCAGAAAAGCCAGAAAUCACUUUCUUGAGGAACAAGUUUUCCCUUUGGUUUGAGUAGUGGUUUUGAAUAAGUGGUGGCCUUGUGUUCAAUGCAUUGUUCUCAUGUUCAGUAAAUUGAUGGCGUCAUUAACCUGGUUAUUAUUUUUUAUGAUUUUAUUUUAUUUGUCAUUUUAUUUAUGAUAGUUAACUUAUCAGAAGUUCUGAAGUUAAGAUUCUUAUUCCCUCU